AUUAUAUUAUGCAUGAUCUGUAGGGUUUGGAGAAAUAUAUAAUGACUAAAUUGUUCUCCCGAACAUUCUCUUCAUCUCUUGAGGAUGAAAAGAUUGACAAUGAAAUCUCAGAGAAAAUAUGCUUACUCCAAACUUUUCUGAAGCCUCAACAUUUGGAUAUACCACCAAGUCUUCAUAAUGAACCCUCAUGGCUGCUUGCAGAGAAAGAAUUGUUGAAAAUGAAUGCCUUCAAAGCUCCCCAUGAGAAAGUCAUGUGCAUUAUGAAUUGUUGUAGGGUCAUCAACAAUUUGUUGCUAAAUGCUGCAACGUCUGAGCAUGUGCCAACUGGGGCAGAUGAGUUUCUCCCUGUGCUCAUAUAUGUCACCAUCAAGGCAAAUCCUCCAAAGUUGCAUUCUAACCUCAAAUUUAUCAAGUUGUAUAGAAGGCAAGCAAAACUCAUCUCAGAAGCUGAAUAUUAUUUCACAAAUCUUGUGUCAGCUAAGUCAUUUAUAGUUGACUUAAAUGCUAAAUCUCUUUCAAUGGAUGAAAUCAAAUUUGAGGAGAACAUGCAAGCAGCCAAAUUGACCAAUAAAGUCACCAGUGAAUCAUCUUCUACAUGUCAACUGAACCAACAAGAGAAGAACAUGUUAGUAUAG